UUAGCUUUGGUCUAUAAUACUCUCGCAAUCGCCGCUUCUUCACACGCAUUAGCUUAAAAAAAAAAAACCUUCUCCAAAUCCACACUAGCAGCUCAGUGCUCUUGUCCUCCACUAGGACCAGGGAUCAAGAACCCAAAAGCGUCUUCUUGGUGCUUGUAGUUGUAGAUGAGCUCCACUUCACCGUCCAUGGCCUCGUCAAGCAGAUGAGUGAUGCGCUCUGCUGCCAUUUCGACCCGUCGAGCAUUCCGUCGAACAGUUGGUAGGCAGUCGCCAAAGCAAGAACGCAUUUGUUCUGUGUUUUGUUGGAUAAGCGAAACCGAUGGGCAGAUUGGGGUUUCCUGAGUCUCGGAGGCGAGCGAUGUCUUGGAUGUUGCCCUCGAGCAAUUCAGCGCUUGAGUUUUAACUGAAGAGGCCGUUUAGACAUCAAAGGUGGUCAAGAACACAGUACUCUACUACUCUUUUCUUGGUCCAUGGAGAUGGGCUCUGCUCUCUUUGCUGCCCUGCUUCUAUGUGCCCGCAUUUUCGUCAGUGGAACCAUGGCAGAUAACCAGAAUCGCACCAAUGACCUUGCAAGGCCAGCCGAGGUGUGGAUCGGUGCGCUGUUCACAUUUGAUUCGGUUAUCGGGAAGGCAGUGAGGCCAGCUAUUGAGCUUGCUGUUGCAGAUGUCAAUGCCGAUCCUAGCAUACUCCCGGGGACAAAAUUGAGUGUUCUUAUGCAGGACACCAAUUGCAGUGGCUUUGUUGGGACCAUAGAUGCAUUGCAGCUUCUUGCUAAAGAUGUGAUCAGUGUAUUAGGUCCACAAUCCUCGUCAAUUGCUCAUGUCAUUUCACAUGCUGUUAAUGAACUCCAUAUCCCGCUUAUCUCAUUCGCAGCCUCCGAUCCUACCCUUUCUUCCCUUGAAUACCCUUAUUUUGUAAGGGCUACACUAAGUGAUUACUUCCAAAUGGAUGCUAUAGCUAGCAUCAUCAGUCAGUAUCAAUGGAAAGAAGUCAUCACCAUCUAUGUUGAUGAUGACUACGGUAGAGGUGGGAUCACAGUGCUAGGUGAUGCCCUUGCAAAAAAGAAGUCCAAUAUAGCUUACAAAGCUAAGUUACCACCUGGUGCUGCAAAGGCUACUAUCCAGGAUAUCUUGAUGCAGGUAAAUGAAAUGGAGUCUCGCGUCUAUGUUGUCCAUGUAAACCCUGACUCCGGUGUCAAUGUUUUCUCUGCUGCAAAAUCUUUGGGGAUGAUGAGCAGUGGCUAUGUAUGGAUAGCAACAGACUGGCUUUCUGCAGUGAUAGAUUCUUCUGAGCAUGUUAGUCCUGAUGUAAUGCAACAUACACAGGGUGUUCUUGUGCUUCGGCAACAUAUCACUGAUUCCAACAUUCAGCAUUCGUUGUUGUCCAAAUGGAAUAAUAUGACCAGGAAUGGAAGUUCGUCUUUGAGUUCUUACACUAUGCGUGCUUAUGACUCUGUAUGGCUAGUUGCACAUGCUGUUGAGCAAUUUCUGUGUGAAGGGAAUGCUGUAUCUUUUUCUGCAGACCCAAAUUUGCUAGCUACAAAAGGAAGUAGCCUUCAGUUAGACUCUCUCAGGAUUUUCAGCAAUGGAGAUAAAUUACUGGAGAAAGUGUGGCGUGCAAAGUUCACAGGGGUUUCUGGGCCAGUUCAAUUUACUUUGGACCGUAAUUUGAUCCACCCAGCUUAUGAUAUCCUAAAUAUUUGUGGUACAGGUUUUAGGACCAUUGGAUAUUGGUCAAACUUUUCUGGUCUCACAGCUGUUGCCCCAGAAAAAUUACAUUCAUCAGCAGUGAACUCUUCAACCAACAAUAUAGAGCUUCAUGAUGUUAUAUGGCCUGGUCAGACUUCUGAGAAACCUCGUGGUUGGGUAUUUCCGUAUCAUGGGAAGCAUCUGAGGAUUGGAGUGCCUCUACGAACGAGCUACAAAGAGUUUGUGAUGCCAGACAAUGGACCUGAUGGAGUAAAGGGGUUUUCAGUAGAUGUUUUUAAAGCUGCAAUAAGCUUGUUGCCCUACCCUGUUACGUGCAAGUUUCUUUUAUUCGGAGAUGGUUUGAAGAAUCCCAGCUACAAUGACCUUAUUCAGAAGGUUUCCGACAAUUACUUUGACGCUGCAAUAGGGGACAUUGCAAUAGUGAUGAAUAGAACAAGACUUGUUGAUUUUACCCAGCCGUAUACAGAAUCAGGUCUCAUUAUUGUAGCUCGAGCAAGGGAAAUUGAAUCAAAUGCUUGGGCUUUUCUGAAGCCAUUCACCUUCCAAAUGUGGUGUGUUCUAGGUGUUCUGUUCCUCUUUGUGGGUGCAGUUGUUUGGAUACUUGAACACCGCACUAAUACUGAGUUCCGUGGACCUCCAAGGCAACAAAUUAUGACAGUGUGCUGGUUUAGUUUCUCUACCAUGUUCUUUUCACACAGAGAGAACACAGUUAGUGCUCUUGGUAGAUUUGUCCUGCUUAUCUGGCUCUGUGUUGUGCUCAUUAUUAACUCAAGCUAUACGGCAAGCUUGACAUCACUUCUGACAGUUCAGGAGCUGACAUCUGGGAUACAGGGCCUUGAUAGCUUGAUCUCGAGUUCAAGUGCAAUUGGCUAUCAAGUUGGAUCUUUUUCCAGAAACUACCUUGUGCAGGAGCUCAAUAUCGCCGAGUCCCGUUUGGUGCCACUAAACACCCCAUCGGAUUAUGCAAGAGCACUAGAACUAGGGUCAGGAAAUGGUGGUGUUGCUGCAAUUAUCGAUGAGCUUCCAUAUAUUGAGAUCUUCCUGUCCAGAUACUGCAAAUUCAAGACAGUUGGUGAGGUUUUCACAAAAAGUGGAUGGGGAUUUGCCUUCCCAAGAGACUCUCCUCUUGCUGAGGACUUGUCAACAGCAAUCCUGACACUAUCGGAGAAUGGCAAUCUCCAGAGGAUCCAUGAUGAAUGGUUAACUGGAACAGAGUGCGGUGCAGACAAUACCAGGGUUGGGACAAACUCCUUGAGCCUGUCAAGCUUCUGGGGCCUCUACCUCAUCUGUGGCCUUGCAUGUGUCCUUGCUCUUGUGAUUUUCUUCCUUCGCAUAUUUUGUCAGUACAGCAGGUACAAUAACCAGGUUGAGGUUCAGUUUCACGAACCUCAGAUUAUAAAUCGUCCAGCAAGGUUAAGUACCAUAAAGUCAUUGAUCUCUUUUGUGGAUAAGAAAGAGGAGGAGGUGAAGAACGCUCUCAAGAAAAGACCUAAUGGCAGUCAGCAGCCAAGCACUGGCAGUACAGAAGAACAAUCUACAUUGCCACUGUGACAUCUAUGUGGCUGCAUGACUAAUGUACCAGAAUAGCGUGUAAUCUUGCACUGAAGUGACAGUUUUGCGAACCCGGAGGCCUGAUUGGUGAUAGAAGGGGUUUUCUUGUGA